AUGGUUAAGCAGGUGCGAUCAAAGCAAGAACGUUUGUACGUUGGCGGAUGUGGCGUGAGUGACAAUGGAGCGAAAGAAAUCGCGAACGCGCUACAAACAUCUCUGCACCUCGAGACGCUGUGUCUUGGGCACAACACCAUAGGAAACGACGGCGCAUCGGCACUAGCCCGCGUACUUGCGGAUAACCACGCUCUCAGAAGGUUGCUCCUCCCGUGCAAUUUGUUGAAAGCUGCCGGUGGUAAGGCCAUCGCCGCCAUGCUUCUCUCCAAUGAUGCCCUUCUCAGUCUCGACAUCUCCAACAAUCAUCUCGGUGCCACGGGCUUGGCAGCACUGGCCACUGCGAUUGCUAAGAACUCGUGAGAUGGAUACCCCGCUCAGAGUUUGGUAGUGCCACCUGAGUACACAACGGCACAGAAUAACCUUACUAAGAAGCGGAAGCGCGUGAGAUAUUCUUGUAUUUAUAGAUUCCACGCGUGUCCCUGAAAACCCACAUUGUACUUUGCAAGUGCCCGACAAAGGCGAGGGGAGCACAACAUACUCGUGUGCUGAAAAUGUCACAGGGUCCCCGAUGUCAUAGGAAUAAACCUAUCAAAAUGUACAUAAAGUCAACAAGGAUGCCGUUUCUGACGAACGCGACCUUCCCGUCCGCGUGCACGU